CAGUAUUUCUACCGGCCGCACUGUGUUUGCGGAGCAGUGCGGUUGAUGGGGAGACAACAACAAGCUAGGCAACAUGAAGGUUUCGCUAAGCUUGUUUUGGGCAGCAUUCCUCAUAAAACAGGUUGUGGGAGAAUAUGGCAUGGCCCAUUUCAGUGACAAGGGCCAGAGCAAAGGAAAGGAUUACUGCAUCUUUUUCAAUUCUCAGUGGGCACGUCUACCACAGGAUCUCAACAAAGCAUCCCGUCUCGAGAUCUUUGACCUGGUACCGUCAGUCCUAUGUUCCCUGUCAGAAGUCCCAGAGGGGGGCUUCCUAAAUCGUAUACCAAUGGUGAUGAGGGGGAACUGCACCUUUUACGAAAAGGUCCGUCUGGCCCAGCUCAAUGGAGCUAAAGGCCUGCUCAUCGUCAGUAAAAACAGGCUGACCCCCCCGGCAGGAAACAAGACCCAGUAUGAGGAGAUUGACAUCCCCGUGGCGCUCCUUAGCUACACUGACAUGCUAGACAUCAGUAAGACGUUUGGACAGGGCCGGGAAGUGGCCAUGUACGCCCCCAACGAGCCCGUUUUAGACUACAACAUGGUCAUCAUUUUCCUCAUGGCUGUGGGGACGGUUGCCAUUGGAGGAUACUGGGCUGGCAGCAAGGACAUGAAGAAGCGCUACAUGAAGCACAAGCGUGACGACAGCGCCGAAAAGCAAGACGAGGAGACGGUGGACGUGACUCCAAUCAUGAUCUGUGUGUUUGUGGUGAUGUGCUGCUCCAUGCUGGUGCUCCUCUACUUCUUCUACGACCACCUGGUCUACGUGAUCAUCGUGAUCUUCUGCCUGGCUUCAUCUGUUGGGCUCUACAGCUGUCUCUGGCCCUUUGUGAGGAGGCUCCCCUUUGGCAGGUGCAGGAUCCCGGAGAAUAACCUCCCCUACUGCCACAAGAGGCCUCAGGUCCGCAUGCUUCUGCUGUCAGCCUUCUGUGUUGGAGUCAGCGUUGCCUGGGGGGUGUUCCGCAACCAAGACCAGUGGGCGUGGGUGCUACAGGACGCCCUGGGCAUAGCCUUCUGUCUCUACAUGCUCAAGACUAUUAGGCUCCCCACGUUUAAGGCCUGCACCAUGCUGUUGGUGACCCUAUUUAUCUACGAUGUUUUCUUUGUAUUUAUAACACCUCUCUUUACCAAGAGUGGUGAGAGUAUAAUGGUGGAGGUUGCGGCUGGUCCCUCUGACUCCUCCACACAUGAAAAGCUUCCUAUGGUGCUCAAAGUGCCCCGCCUCAACUCCUCCCCCCUGGCUCUGUGUGACAGGCCGUUCUCUCUGCUGGGAUUUGGAGACAUCUUAGUACCAGGUCUGCUGGUAGCAUACUGUCACAGGUUUGACAUCCUCAUGCAGUCUUCACGGUUCUAUUUCCUGGCCUGCACUAUCGGUUACGGUAUUGGGCUGCUCAUCACUUUCGUAGCUCUAGCCCUGAUGCAGAUGGGUCAGCCGGCCCUGUUGUACCUGGUGCCUUGCACUCUGCUCUCCAGCCUGGCAGUGGCGCUAUGGCGCAAAGAGCUUCCCUUAUUCUGGACAGGAAGUGGAUUUGUGCCUCCCAUAGUUCUGCAACCAAUCAACUGUACGCAAACCCCAGGACUGCCCACAGAGGAGCCCAUGACCAAUCCCGAGCCACCAGGUGCUGAAGCAAACAAUCAGAGUGAGGACACUCCUCUUCCAACACGUCAGGACACACCCCCUCCAGAAAAAGAAGCCAGCAAGUCAGAAUAAAGGACUUCUAGGAUGAUGUUCAUGUCCUGUUCAUGUCAUUUCUUAUUUUGUACACAUAGGAUCUUAAUGGAACUCUUUAUGUUUGUAACAACUAUUAGUUAUAAACAUUUCGGUGCACUUGGGUGAAUUAAAGAUAGAGAGAGGGCACUGGACCUGCCGUGGCUGUUCUUCAUCCCCCUGGGUCCCCCUGGAUGUCGAAACAACAUCAUGCAGGGCUGACCCAGGCCCAACUAAACAACAUCAUGCCAGGCUGACCCAGGCCAGGCUAAACAACAUCAUGCCAGGCUGACCCAGGCCAGGCUAAACAACAUCAUGCCAGGCUGACCCAGGCCAGGCUAAACAACAUCAUGCAGGGCUGACGCAGGCCCAACUAAACAACAUCAUGCAGGGCUGACUCAGGCCAGGCUAAACAUCACCAUGCCAGGCUGACCCAGGCCAGGCUAAACAACAUCAUGCCAGGCUGAUCCAGUCCAGGCUAAACAACACCAUGUCAGGCUGACCCAGGCCAGGCUAAACAACACCAUGCCAGGCUGAUCCAGGCCUGGCUAAACAACAUCAUGCAGGGCUGACCCAGGCCAGGCUAAACAACAUGCCAGGCUGACCCAGGCCAGGCUAAACAACAUCAUGCAGGGCUGACCCAGGCCAGGCUAAACAACAUGCCAGGCUGACCCAGGCCAGGCUAAACAACAUCAUGCCAGGCUGACCCAGGCCAGGCUAAACAACAUCAUGCCAGGCUGAUCCAGGCCAGGCUAAACAACACCAUGCAGGGCUGAGCCAUUUGAUGUCAACUUGCGCUGAGCUUAACCCUCAUUACCUGGCACUACAGCAGCCCCACCACACAGCUCAAAUGUCUGAGAUGGAGUGUGAUGAAGAUUGACUGGUAACACUACAGAUGGCGUUCCCUGGUCUGUACGGUCGACGUACGAUGGGACGUGGUAGCUGAUUAUGGACUUGUGUUCUGGAAGGCAUCUGCUUGUCAAGUUGUCAGCAUGGAACAUGACCAGCCUCAUUCAUUACCUUCCAUACUCUAAAUAUCUCCAUCCACCCUCAGCCCCAUUGUCUCCAGGUCACCCCUCCUCCCCACAACCAGUUCUAUGCAGAAUAGCGUUUACCUUUCUUUAUUCAAUAUACCUUUUUUUCCUGUUAUUUUAUUUAACAAGGUGAGUCCCAUUGAACAGGGAUUCCUGAGAAUAAUCUACAUUACAAAUGGCACACUCUUCCCUAUAUAGGGCCCAGGUUAGAAUUGGUGUGCACUACAUAGGAAAGAGGUUGGUAUUUGGGAUGUAACCAGUGUCACAGUCCCUCCGUUGUCCGCUCCCUUUUCUUUUCCUUUAAGAACACAAGCUGCUCCACGGCUUUUCUCUGUACUUGACAGAUUGUUGAAGUAUCAUACCCUUUACCAUGUGGUGCUAUCAUGGCUUUUCAACCAACCAAAGGUAUAGGAUAAAUAAUGAUUGAUUGAUUGAUUUAGGGAAAUCAGCUGGUGGUUUCCUUUUGGACUAAAAAGCACGCUUAAUGGACAAUCUGUGUAAAAUAUUUAUAAAUCCCAAAAUAAGCUUAACGUGGGCCUGGGAAACAUUUUUUAAGAGUUUUUAGAUUUGGUUGAAGUAACUGCCUAGUUGAAAUCUCACUUUUAAAAAUGAUCAUCUGUUACCUCAUACCCAAACAAUGUUGUUGGCUUGUCCAAUAGUGGUUAUUUUUGGCCAAUGCUUAAAUACGAAAAGACUGCCCUAGAAAAACCCAACCUCAAACUCAUCAGUAGAUAAUGUAAGGGCAAGCUGGCCAAUCAGCUGCCUAGAUACAUUGUUAUUCAGUUUUUGUGACCAGUGUUCACCCAUAACAUUUAAAUCUCACACCAACACAGGAAAGCUGUUUUAUUGAAACAUACCAAAUAAAAUGUUAGUUAAACAUGAAUUCAUGUUGUAAAUAAUUAUAGCUCAUAUUUCAUAGAAAUCUGGAAACACUAGGCAGUUACUUUCAGUUGUACCUUUUGGAAUGGUUUUGUUUUGCAUGCAACAGGGUUGGUUUGGAGGUUGGCUGUGAUUCAGUGUGUGGUUUAUAUACAAUAGCAGCCAACACACUUUCUAUAAUACGACGGGAACAAUGUUGUCCCCAUUGUAUUCUUUGCCGAAUUUGGGCUCCCACUUUACAGUAGCAGGUAGCUACAGUGUAAUUUCCUUGUGUAGGCAGCUAGGUGAACACUAAAUCUCUCAAACACUGUGUACAACAUGUAUCUACACUGUAACUACCUAGCAGAACCGCUCUUGGGUUAUAAGGAGACAAAGAAAUUAGGCCUAUUUCAUUAUAAUCGUCAUUAUUAUCGUAAAAAUGGGCUUUGGACUUACUGGUGUCCAUGGUUACAAUUGGAAUGUCUGCAUAUUGCUUUAUGAAGACAAGAGUGGUGUCAUGAUGUGUUAGAGCUUAUUAUGUUUCUUAAUUAAACUACCUUAAGUGAUGUUG